AUGGAUAGCUCAAACGACACCAUCAUCACAGAACUCUUCAACUUUCAAUUCAGGCCAAAGAUCCAUUGUUACAUAUUGGCUAUUUUGGUUGGUGGCCUCCUCUCGAUCCUAGCAAAACUUUUCUACAUCCCGCAUCAAAUACCGGCGACGCUCUCGGGCAUUGUCAUUGGAAUUGCCGCACGUCACAUAGGAAAUUACGAAGAUAUGUUAAUGGACGCCCACCUAUUACUGUCAAUGUACAUCCCUUUACUGAUUGCCAAAAUCGUCUACAACAUGGACCACUACCUUCUUAGAAAAUCUCUUACCCAGAUUUUCAUCAUUGGUGUUAUUGGAAACUCAGCCUUCGUUUUUGCUUUUGGAAUGAUCCUGUCACUAUUUCAAAAGCGCGAUGUUCCCUUAGUGGACGUCAUGAUUAUAUCGGUAAUAAUAGCCCCAAACGAUAAUCCAAAACUUCCCAUCUCCGACGGAAUCAAGAACCUCGAAAUACUAAUGUACGGAGAGACUAUAUUAGGCGUGGCUGUUUGCAAUGUUGCACGCAUCAUCUUCACGGCAAUUAUUAAUAGGUACGCCACCAAGUGGUACCAGAUUAUCUGUUUAAUUAUCAGAUACAUUGGACUCAGCAUUCCGGUUGGAUUUGGAUGCGGCUUGGUUACUUCACUGCUUUUCCGACAAUUGUACAACGAUAGCAUGAAUGCUAUAGCCGCCUAUAUAUCAGCAGCUUACUUUGUAUAUAUGUUAAGUGAACAUAUUGUGUGGUGCAAUGGUACUCUGGCAUCCUUCAUCACUCUAUUUAUGAUGACUAAGCAACGCACCAAACUACAUUCCAAGACAGAUCAUGACAUUAAGCUUGCUUGUAAUGUGGUAUACGCAUUGGCAAAGACCCUUCUUACUAUUAUUUGCAUUGCUGAUAGUAUAUAUUGGCUGGAAGAAAAGAAUUUUCUAAUUGAGCUUGUCGAAGCCAUUGAAGUCUACACAAUGGGGAAUGUCAUCAGAUUGAUUAUUUUCCUUUUAGCUUCUCCAAUGUUAAGUCGAGCUGGAUAUGGUUUUGAGUUUGCUAGUCUAGUAACUCUUUUCUGGGCGGUGCAGAAAGGGCCACUGCAAUUGAUUCAGGUGUUUAAAUUGCAUGGCAGACCCGGAGGGUUUAAACACUUAGAAAAACUGAACUUCUAUGUAGUAAUCUAUGUUAUUCUAACCAGUCUGGUAAAUGGAAGCACAUUGAAGAUUCUUCUGAAAGCGUUUGGACUGGUUAAACUGUCCAACAAACGGAAGGCCAAUAUCGGUCUCGCUAUAAUUUCAAUAAAUGAAAUUGGUAACAAAGUGUUGUCAACAUUGAAGGGUAAUCAAUUCUAUUCGGAUGUAAAUUGGUCUGUAAUUAACGCCCAUACAGUAGUCAAAAAUCCGUUUGAAGAAGUCGCUGACCAGCGGACAAAAGACAAUAUUAUUUGUCAAGUGUGUAGCGCUGCUGUGCCUCUGAAACCAACAAAAGAUGAAUACAACGAACAUUUAAAAGAUGUUACUAUGAAGAUAUUGAACGCCCAAAGAGUUUCCUUUCUGGAACAACAUGAAUUCGGUUUACUAACUAAGCAUGACAUAAAAAUAUUGUUAGAAGCUGUUGACAUUGCAAUGGACUCUUCAAAUAUGAGUAUAAACGUUGAUGAUUUACUUUCGUGCAUGAGUUCCGAGAAAGCCGUUGUAGCUCCAAAUAAAGUACAGAAGAUAUUAACUAUCGACAGUCAUAUUAAAAUACCCAGAACUACUCACAGAAGAAAAUGUUACAACAUAACAAAUUUAUUAACAUUCGAGCUAAUUAUAUGUAUGAUCGUAUUGUUAGAUAUAUCUCUUCCAGUAAUAAGACUAUUUCUUGAUUAUUCGCCGGGCUCAGAAGCAGCCUUACUAACGACGGCAACUCUAUGUUUGUUUUGUUAUCUUGCUGAAGCAAUAUUGAGAGUUGUCAGUUUUGCCAAUGGUUCAUUAUGGAAAGAUUUGAAAUAUUAUAUCAGUAAUCAUUGGAAUCAGGUGGACAUAUUCGUGAUAAUAGUAUCAAUCCUAAACAUAUUACUGAGCACUACUUGCAAUUAUGAUGCAGAAUCCUACCAAACAUGCAAAUAUCUGCAUUGCAUUAAACUGGUGAUUUUCUUCAAAAUAAUUCGGGUAUUCUCAAAACUUCGCUUAGUUUAUCUUACUAAGAUGGAGCGUCGCAAUGAAUUGAAACUCAUGAGAGUUUUCGGAGUUGCUCAGGGAAUUGUAACAAGUUGUGAUGAAGUAAUCAGCAUGUUGUCUGUAUUAACUGAACAAUCCAAUAUACGUGAAAUGAUGAAAAUCAACUUGGAACAAAUGCGUGCUGCAACCAUUCAGAAAAUGGGAAUUCUGGAGAAAGCUCGUCCGUCUCUGACCACCACAAUCAAAACAAAACAGGCAUUAAGAUGCAUUCUAAAGCAUCUGAAACAAGGUAUCAGAGAGUUGCACUCAUCUGGUCUAAUUGAUGCUUUUGAGUUUCAAAAAUUGAAUCAAUCAGUCACCUUGAAGACUAAAUUCUUAUCUACCGUACGGAUUUUGAAAGUGAUCAAACCGACGUUGAUCUUCGAAGAAAUUCCAUGGCUACACGAUGACGCCGAAUUAUUAGAUUUCAUUUACAGUAACAUAAAAAAUAGGCUCUUCAACGAUGGCGAUGUUGUCUGUGAACCGGGUGACUACCCUGAAGGAGUCUACCUCAUUGUAUCUGGAUAUUUUAAAGUAACGUAUUAUCCAACUGCUGAAUUAAACGAGAGACUAAAGCUAAACGGGGGGCUGCCAUGUAAGGAAUUCCUGGAGUAUUUGAGAUUCGAUGAAGUGCAUGAAGAUUAUCUCUCAAGUGGCAACCGCAUGGGAGAGCUUGCAUACUUAACUAAUCGCCCACACCAUUGUUCAAUUAUUGCUGAAGCACCGAGUCAAGUAUUUAUUAUUUCAAAUGAAAUUUUAAAACGCGCAGAAGAAAUAUCGCCCGAUCCUGUUUUGGGAGUUGCUGCAAGAAUAUGGAAAUGUGUUUUGUUUGGUCUUAGUCGCCGUCUCCUGUUAACCACCUCCGCGUAUCAAUCGACUGCAAAACAGGAAGCAGAUUAUGCUUUGAUUCGUGCGGUCGUACCGAACACUGAUUACUAUAAUGUUAUCAACGUGCCUCAGGUUGUUGAAGAUGUGCUUCUCCUCCAAGGUGUCGUUGUUGAUUACAACACAAGAGAAAUCUAUACUGCACCGUGUGCUUUGCCUAAACACGUGAAGAAAAUACUUAUGCCCAAAUCUGGCUUAAUCGAACGAAAUAUAAGUACGAAGUUAAUGUUUAUUCCUGACAACAACACGGAUGAGUACGAAAUGAUGUUAAGCAUGCAAAAUAAUUCUGAACUUAUACCUGACUCCGAAUGUGCGCAAGUAACAGAACAGAUGAACUCUAAAAGACGUUUUGAAAGUCAUCUGUUCAGUUUCAAUAAACCAAAGUCAGGAACUUUAACUUAUUGUCACCAGAUUAUGUCCUUCAGUGGUGGAGUAUUAUACAAUUUUAAUGAUGAAUAGUUUGGAAUGUAUAUGCAUAUGAUCAUGCAUGUAUAUUAAAUGCUAAGCUUCUAGUAGAGCUAGUUUUGCUGCAGCCAAAAUUCGUGUUUUCCAUUCAUCAUAAUCUUCUACUUCAAUGUCUUCAGAAACUUUAAUUGUUUCAAGCUGCUUGUUUUCUUAAAUAAAAAUUUCAAAUACAUAAAA